GAACAUACGACGCUGAUUGACAAGGCCAUACUUACCUUUGCAUAAUGGCCACCCAAGCAGGAACUCUUUGGGUUCCAGAUCUUUGUAUGUACGGCCUCUUCACCGACUCGAUCACUGUUAAUGCGACCCAGUUCAUCACCAUCAGUGUGGUCAUAGGUAGCGGCAUUUAUACCAACAAUGGGACGGCCCUCACCAUCGCAGGCCCCAUGGGUUUGAUCGUUGCAGCCCUGGUCAUGAGCGUGGUAAUCCUCUCGGUCAAUGAGUGUGUGGCCGAGUUGACCCAACAAUUCCCCGUGUACAACGCGAUCGUCAUUUAUGUCCGCAAGUUUGUCGAUGAUGAUCUCGGCUGGGUUAUUGGGGUGGCUUAUUGGUACGCAUAUGCGACAACCUUUACUAGUCAGAACUCUAUGGCUGCCACUCUUUUGGAAUACUGGGGUUUGGGAACAACAUGGAGAGUCCUGAUUUGUUACGUGUUCGUUCCUAUUGUUUUGUUUCUACUCAACAUGACAGGCGUCUUUUGGUACGGGCUCGUGGAAACCGUUGGUGGCUUUCUGAAGCUGAUAAUAAUUUUGUCCAUCUCAAUAUAUCUCUAUGCAAUAGCGGAUGACGUGGCUUCGCCCGGCUUCGAGCAUGGACAAGGCUUUAGCAGCGACGGGUCAGCCCUGUGUUAUGCUAUUCCACUCACAGCAUACGCCUUCCAAGGCAUUGAAUUGUAUGCCAUGACUGCGUUUGAAGCUCGAGAUGGCCAUGCCCUUCGGUGGCCGUCGCGCUGGACUGCGUACAUUGUGGUGGCAGUGUAUACCAUGUGUACGUUGGGUGAGAUUAUCAACGUCAACUGGCAUGAUGGGGCCCUACCGCAGCUCUACGAUGGAGUCGGGAAUAGCACGACAUCUUCCACUAUCUCCCAUGGUACCUCUCAUAGUAUGGUCAUUAUCGCGGCUCUGAACACCAAAAACAGGCAUAUGGCAGGCUUUCUCAAUGGUUGUUUACUAUUUAGUGUUUUUUCUGCCGCUAAUACUUCGCUUUAUGUCGCUUCUCGAACCUUGUGGGGUAUUGCGGAGUCCGUUCCCAAUGACCACUGGGUCACACGCCAGUUGGCCAUCCUCACCAAGGACACGCGAGUCCCAGUUGUAUCAUUGUUGGUUUCACUUCUGGCAUUUUGCUGGGUGCCGUUUUUAAAUCUCGUGCAUAACUCUGCCACAUCACAGGUAAUCCAAGUCAUAUUCACAUCGUCCAGCAACGUCAUCAUGAUUGUUUGGGCCGCUCUAUGCUUGGCAUUCAUCCGAUACUAUCAUUGGUUAAAGAAAUGCGAACGAGAGCUGCGACAUAACAACCAUCUGAAAUUCAUCCGCCUAUCACCGGAUUAUACCCCUCGAGGCAGCCUGCUUAUCCUUCAACCCCUCCAAGCCUGGAUAGGACUGAUUGGUUGUCUCGUCAUCUUUGCAUUUUCCAGCGCGACGUGGUGGGGUCGGCAUGCGACCAUUACCGAGGUUGCAAUGGCAUAUGGAACACACAUUGUCCUUUUCGUCAUGUUUGUGAUUCUGAAACUCAGAUCGCGAAAGAAAUGGGUCCCACUGACCAAUAAUUGGAUAACAUUGUGGAAGAUAUUGGAUGGACUCUGGGUGCGCAAAAUCGACCAUUGGGAGCAGUCCACUUUUCAUCGACUUCAAAGGGUAGUAGAAGCAAUCUUGCCUGAGGCUUGGCAGACUCAGAACAUGCAAAGCGAUUUCCAGAUGACUGGCCGCGUCCCUAACCAUAGCGACACUCCCAUGCCUGCAGAGACAAGCAGUGAUGAGUCGCGGACAGCUUCCACUGGCCCACUUGAUUGAUUGUUCUGAGCUUCAUGAUCGAAGUGUUCCUAAUCACUGCGGAUAGAUAUAAUAUUGUAUGUUAGUUUAACUUGGCACAAUAUAAUGACGAGAACGAGAGAU